AUGGGCGACUCUGCCGACAUCAACCUGGACAAUAUCAUCGAGAGACUGCUCGAAGUUAGAGGGUCGCGCCCUGGGAAGCAAGUGCAAUUGGCAGAGCAUGAAAUCAAGUUCCUUUGCAACGAGGCCCGCGAGGUUUUUAUCAACCAGCCCAUCCUGCUCGAACUGGAGGCCCCAAUAAAGAUCUGUGGCGACAUCCAUGGACAGUAUUACGAUUUGCUUCGUCUCUUUGAGUAUGGAGGGUUUCCACCAGAGGCGAACUAUCUCUUCCUAGGCGACUACGUCGAUCGAGGCAAGCAGUCCCUGGAGACCAUCUGCUUGUUACUUGCCUACAAGAUCAAGUACCCAGAGAACUUCUUCAUCCUCCGCGGGAACCACGAGUGUGCUAGCAUCAACAGGAUUUAUGGAUUUUACGAUGAAUGCAAGCGCCGAUACAACAUCAAGCUGUGGAAGACCUUUACAGACUGCUUUAACUGCCUCCCUGUGGCGGCCAUUAUCGACGAAAAGAUCUUUACCAUGCACGGAGGACUCUCGCCCGACCUGUUGAACAUGGAGCAGAUCCGGCGAGUGAUGCGACCCACAGAUGUUCCUGACACUGGUCUGCUCUGCGAUCUGCUCUGGUCUGAUCCGGACAAGGACAUCACAGGAUGGAGCGAGAAUGACCGCGGAGUGUCGUUUACGUUCGGACCGGAUGUGGUGACAAGAUUCUUGCAGAAACACGACAUGGAUCUGAUCUGUCGUGCCCACCAGGUUGUUGAGGAUGGAUAUGAGUUCUUUGCGAAGCGCCAGUUGGUCACACUGUUCUCGGCUCCGAACUAUUGUGGCGAGUUUGACAAUGCGGGAGCAAUGAUGAGCGUCGAUGAGACCCUGAUGUGUUCUUUCCAGAUCCUGAAACCGGCCGAGAAGAAACAAAAGUACUCGUACGGCGGAGGACUAGGGUCAGGACGGCCAGUAACACCACCAAGAGGAAAGAAAAAGAAGGAGAUGGCCAAGGUCACGUAA